AUGGUGGUCUCUUUGCCCACUUCCGGCGAUGACUUACAGCGCAGCUUCGCGCCAGUUGAGUCGACGAUGAACGACAUGGCUCGCACCAACGCGCUUGCCGACCGCAACACCAUCGUGGACAUGAGUCUGCGGCUAUCUCGUUUCGUGCUGUGUGUAGUGGCAGCUUUAAUCUUCGCGUUCGGCUUUGCGCUGCUCACGAGCAACAAGAAGACCCUCAUUUAUGUGUACGAGAACAAACUGGCAGCCAACGAGACGCUGUCCGCCAAGGCCUCGUCCGUCGUGGAAGACUACAACACCCUCUUCGGUUACAUCCUGUUCGCGGGCGGUAAAGUCUUUGAGGUCUUCUGCGAGACGCUAAUCUUCCCCACGCUGGCCACGUAUCUGCACAAUUGCAGUCUGUACCCUGGAGACCAGCCAGCGCGCAUGCACUCGGUCGUCAAGGCACGCAGCAUCUUUUGGGGACUCAAGACUGUCAUUAUCCUCAUGAACGUCGGGUUUACGAGUGUUUAUGUAGGUCAAACCACCUUCGAAGCGGGACAAAUUUCUCGCCACCUCGCUGUCUCGGAUGAGUUCACAAGCAUGACAAUAGAGAUGGAAAUGCCGUGGACUGUAGACUUGGACGCUGACGUGCUUCACUCAGUCCUGCAAUCAUCUAUAACCGGAACUACAACUCCGUUCACAUUCGAAGAUACCUGCAAAUGGUCAGAACACAAUAAGGACGACGCAGCACAGCAGUGGGGAGCGUGGGUCGACGACGUGGACACCACUUCCGUGAGCUUCAGCUUCCAAUCGCACGCAUGGAACGCUGCUCUACUUUCAUCUCAAGGAACGGUGCCAACCAGGUCAGUGGAGAUUCCGCUACGAGGCUACCUGGCCAGCAGUGACAAGUAUGCGAUCACCGACGACUGGGAUGUUCCAGAGCUGUACUCGACCUUCAACCAGGGCAUGACCAGAUUGGGUCUAGCGAACGAUCCAGUCGAUGGAGCAACUCCCCAGUCAUUCGACGAGCUGAUUCGUGUGGUUGCGAGUGACCUGAAGACAGCGCUUCCCGAUAACAACCGUGUUGGUGAUCAAGUGUUACGCCUGGAGCACCGUGAACUGGCUGAGGACGUGCAGUUUACAAGUCUGACAAUGUCAGUCCCGGUUGAGGCGGACAUCACGGGAUCUACACUGUGUGGAGCUUCUGGUUGUGUCUACGCCACGUCAACAACCGCCUUGGACCAACUUCACCUGCAGCCGGCCGUGUCUAUCGCCUCGUACGAGAAGGACGCGGCGUCCGCCUUAGUCUACAGUAGUACCAAUCAGUUUGUGCAGGAAGUGAAGGGAGCUCAAACUCCACACGAGGUGCUGACACUGUCGGUGGGCAAGAUAACGUGGCAGCUGAGUCCGCUGCAUAUUCGACAUGACGCCGCCUGUGCAGAUGACGACGACGGGUGUCUCGGUCUGAGCCUGCCCUUCGCCACAGGCGACGGUGUUCUGUUGGUCGGUAAAGAAGCGCUAGCCACACAGCACUUGGCACACCCAGUGGCCCUUGUGACGCUGCAUCCAGCCACAAUACCAGAUAUGACUCGGCCGGACAUCGAUGCUCUCACGUCGUGGCAUCGGCUGGUAUCAUCAAACGGCAUGCUGGUGCGUCCAAGCUCGUCUGGAUGUAAGUCGCUGGUGGAUGCGUACCUGGCUCACCUCCAAGCAAACCAUUUCUACCUAGACGAUCAACUAUCUCUGGAUAUGUACUCGACAGCUCUGUUUUACUUAGUUCAGCGCGGAGUACCGACGUCGUUUGCAGAUGCCGUGUCACGACGACGUCUCGCUUUAUCGGCUGCGAUGGCCUCGAGUGGCUCUGGUUCCGGCAACGUCACAAGUGUUCGUGCUACGACGGACAUCGAAGUGAACGUUCCUACGGCGACGGCUUUGGUGACGAUGGCUGGAUGUAUUUUCAUCGUGCUGCUGAUGCUGUGUGUCAUUUAUCUGCCGACGCCGCGUGUUAAGCUUUCACCAGACACGACACCGGCCGCUCAGUACGUGCAGGUUCUGACGGACGACUUGUACCCGGACUUGGUGCACAAGAAGCGGUUGCGAUUCGCGAACGGUGAUUGUCUCCUGUUUAACGAGUACGUGGUCGAUGCGAUCGUGCUGCAUGCCAAGCGCGACCAAACCAAGAAGAUUUAUCUGUAA